UUAUUAUCUAAUGCACAUGCACACGCAAUAAAGCGCCGCCUCUGAAUGUAGCCGGGUGGGACGGGUGUUCGCGACCACGCCUGCGCACUCCGAGCAGAAUAUCGAGCCGCCCUUCUUCUCCGGCAACUUGCAUCGAUGCGGACAUUGCCUCACAACAAACCCCGAGUUAAUGUGCAUUAUCUUAUUGAUCAUAUAACAUGGAGAGCCCUUAUUGCACCGAAAACGAUUCCCCUCUCCUGCUGCCGUCUCUUCGCCUCUUCAUCCCUCCUCUGCGCCUGGUGUCUGCGGCCAUGUGGCAGGUGGUGCAGAGGGGCAGCAUCCAGGACUACGGGAUGGUGGAGGAGUUCGUCAGCACCGUUUCAGAAAUCAUACCUGAACUUGUGAAUGCGGAUCAGAAAGCUCAACUCCUCCUGGGACUCCGAGCGCGGGUGGUUCUUGAAUUGUGUCGGGCCGAGCAGAUCAGCGACGCAGAAGCCAUCGAGAUCCACCUGGAGCGGAUCAAGGCCCUCGUUUCCACUUGGGCAGCGCAGCCAUGUUUUGCAGAGGUCGAGUUUCCAGAAUCAAACUUUGUGGAUCAAAUUGAAUUGCUGUUGAAAGACGCCGACGAGAAGGAGAGGUUUUUCCAGGAUGUUUUUCCUACGGAUUUUGGGCCUGAUUACGACAGCGCUCUACAGGUGCUCAUGCUGGAUUUUCUCUCCCGACUGGAGAAGCUUCUUCCGGUACCAGACCUCCAGCAGACGGCCUCCAUGCUCAGUGCCGUCCCAUCUGCCCUGGAGGAGUGUGUGCACUCUGUUCCCGACCCACAGCACCUGAGAACUGUUCUCCUGUAUCACACGACACUUGGACAUUUGGAUUUAUCUGAUGAAACGCAGACCAUUCCUUCUUCCUUUGGGAAUUGCAUCCUCUCUUCUCUCUCGCUGCCUCAGCUGGAGAAGGUUGUGAUUGACGCAGACCAGAUCCAGCUGCAGCCUCCGUCAGAGCACAUUCAAGGCUGCAUGACUGUCCAGGUGGAGGGCGAAACCGUGACACUGCUGGACUACAUACAGAUCGAACAGCAGCCAGGUUUGGUUGAGCCUGAUGAUGAUGAUGAUGAUGACGAUGAUGACGACGAUGACGACGACGAGGAAGAGAAUGAUCUAAACGAGGAGGAAGCAAACGAGGAUGUCGGUGACGCCUUGAAGCCAGCAGCUUUUCAGCCGCUGAAGCAAAGCAAAAGGCUCCGGGUGAAGAGGAACGCUAUAAAAGAAAAGGACUCAGCCAAGGCUAAGAGGCAGAGAAAGAAAUACUCCGGUGAUAAAACAUGUCCUGUGUGCAAUAAGAUCUUCCUGAGGGCUGCAGCCAUGAGGCGACACCAGGAAACUCACUCUGCCAAUCGGGAAUUCAAGUACAAGUGCGCCAACUGUGACAAGCGGUUCAGGGACCAUUACGACAUGAACAGACACAACAUGCGCGUUCACGAAAAGGACGAGAUGGGUAACAGCCCCAAGGAGGAGGACGACCAAGGGGAUCCCAGCACUCCUGAGACGUCGGAAAACAAAAAUUGCAUGCUGUGUGGGAAGUAUUUUGGCCGCCGCGUGGACAUGGAGCGACACAUGAGGUCCCACUCUGAGGACCGCCCGUUCAACUGCUGCUUCUGUGAGAAGAAAUUUAAGAAUCCCUAUGUUUUAAAGAGACACCAGCAGGAGAUUUGUAAGAGCAGAGAGCUGAAAAGGCCGAAGAAGAGAGAGACGCAGCGCUCCCAUCCACAGCCGCCGCCCGAGGGGUCGACGGAGGGCAAAGUCUGCCCCAUCUGCAGCAGGAUCCUACCCUGCACCGCCGACAUCGCCAAGCAUCUACGGUCUCACACGGAGGAGCGUCCUUUUAUAUGCAUCACCUGCGAGAAGGGCUUCAAGUACAAGGACACGCUGAAGAAGCAUCAGAUCAUUCACGGCCACGAGGGCAUCAGGGAGGAGCAGAGCAAGACGGUGGAGCAGAUUCUGGCCGAAGCUGAUAUGGGUAACAUGGAUCAAAAAGAUACCAGUCUGGACGCGCCUGCAGACGCUUCUGAGGAAUCCCCAUCUGUGCCGGUGCAAAGGUUCAAGAGAAAGGCCCCUAAAGUUUGCCCUGUGUGUUCUCGGGCGUUCGACAGCGUCAAAACACUGAACCGCCACGUGCAGUGUCACACAGAGGACCGUCCGUAUCACUGCAUCCACUGCAAGAAGCGCUUCAAACACAUGCACGGGCUGAAGAGACACCAGAUUUACGCCAUUUGUCAUAAGAAAAUCACCCGGUUCUCGUGGAAGAAAGAGCAGAGGGCGGGGCCGAGCCAGAGCGAGGUCACCAGCGGCGACCCUCAGCCUCUGAAGAUCCCCGUGUGGUGCUCCAACUGCGGCAAACACUUUGAGUACCCGUCGGCUUUGAAGGAGCACCAAGACAACGUCUGCAAGGUGGAAGUGAGCGAAGUCAUGAGAUGCGACGACUGCGGGAAGGAGUUCAAGAGCAUGACGAUGCUCAAGGUGCACCAGAGGAUCCACGAUCCGCUCUACUGCAAAGAGUGCGGGAAGAUCCUCGCCAACGAGCCCGCCUUCGAGAGGCACAAGCUCAUGCACCGGCCGAUGCAGUGCACCAUGUGCGAUAAGACUUUCACUCUGCUGAGGCGUUUGAGGGAGCACUACGAGAAGCAGCACGAGUUCAGCGGGCCGUAUCCCUGCGGGCAGUGCGACAAAACCUUCAUGCAGCUCUCCUACCUCGCCAUCCACCAGAGGAUCCACAAAGGGGAGUUCCCGUACAUCUGCAGCAUGUGCCCCGAGAAGUUCCGCUCGUCCAACUGUCUGACGGUCCACGAGAGGAAACACACGGGGGAGAAGCCCUUCCUGUGCUGGCAGUGCGGGAAGUGUUACCGCUCGGCCUCGGAGCUCACGGUGCACAUGGGGACCCACUCCGAGGAGAGACCCUGGUCCUGCACCCAGUGCCACAUGGCCUACCGCACCAAGCUGCAGCUGACCAACCACGUGGAGCAGAUCCACAUCGGGGUCCGGUACCCCUGCAACAGCUGCGGGAAGCAGUUCAUGAAGGAGACGUCGCUGAAGAGGCACGAGCUCAUCCACACGGGCGAGAGGCCUCACCAGUGCACGGUGUGCGGGAAGACCUUCCUGACCGCCAACGAGCUGCGGCUCCACAACCGCUACCACACCGGGGAGCGGCCGUACAAGUGCGAGGAGUGCGGCAAAGCCUUCAUCCAGUCCGGGUACCUGAAGUCGCACAUGCGCAUCCACACGGGAGAGAAGCCUUUUAAAUGUGACGUCUGCGACAAAGGCUUCCGGCUGUCUUACCACAUGAAGAAACACAGGCGGACGCACGCCGGCAAACCCAAGAGCUACAUCUGUGAGGAGUGUGGGCUGCCCUUCCUCCAUAAAAAGGCUCUUUGGGAACACUCGCUCUGUCACGACGUGAAAGUAGAACCAUCGUUCGCUGGCGAAGUGAGAAUAGAGUUUCAAUAGAAAUCCUCGUAUUUUCAUUUCUAUAUCUUGAGGAUAAGUUCUGAGCUGGUUCAUCGUCACCAAAGUCUUAAUUUGCUCUGUUUUUUUUUUUAUUUGGACCAAUGUGUGACUCGGUUCUUCUUUUCCCUCCUUGUUGCUUCACAUGUUCUAUGAAGCGCUUUGAUGUGAUAUUUUGAAAGCCAGUGAAUUAUUUCUGCUUACAUGGCUUUUUGAAAUAAAUUUACCUUGAAUGUAUUCUUGCUACAGUCAUUUUUAUUUAUGA